CUGCUGCGGUGCGUCAUUGACCCGAAACGCGAAUUCAUAUGUUCGCAACAAGCUGGCUUCUUUACAAUUGUGCAGCCUGCAUCACAGCGAGACGAAAGACUACAAGAGUGCGCAUGCUAGUCUGACUCGUUCUCUGUCAGAGUUGGCGCACGAGAUAUCAAAAGAAAAUGCUUCGCCGGUAACCUGACGGCCGCAAUUUGCCAACAUGACCACGAGACAUAGUCCUAUAUUUAUGUUCAUGGUCCUCCUCUGCACCAUCCUCCUUAUUCUGCGUGAUGUCGAAGCUAGGAGCCCUCUGGACAACCUCAACGGUGCUUCUCUAGACUCCAUCCCAGACGAACAGCAGAAACAGAACUACCGAGCCAACGGCGGAAACGAUGUUGUACACGAGGUGUGGUCAGUCUUGCGGGACUUCGAGCCGACGUGGAAGGACAGCGUGACGCCUGCGCAGCCUACAGGCAUGCUCGAGAUAGCAUGGUACUACACAAGACUCGUUUUCCGGACUCUGUUCAUGAACGCCCCAACACGGCAGGACGACGGCGAUGGAAAUAGCGCGCAAGUCAAAAACGACCUGAAGCAAGGCGCCGAGACCCUCAAGACCGCAGCGCAGUUUGACGACCCGGACGCCGUUUUCCUUCUCGCGGAGAUGAAUUUCUACGGCAACUUUUCGUACCCGCGAAACAUGUCCGAGGCACUGACUUGGUACAAGAGACUGGCUGAUCUGGAUGGCAACAGUACCGCACAGUACAUGCUGGGUCUGAUGUACGGAACGGGCAUUGGAGGCGUGGAAAGAGACCAGGCUAAAGCAAUGCUGUAUCACACUUUCGCGGCUGAGCAAGACAACAUCCAGUCGGAAAUGACAAUGGCGUUCCGAUACCAUGCUGGCAUCGGGUGUGCAAGGGAGUGCAACAAGGCUGUCGAGUACUACAAGAGGGUUGCGGACAAGGCCAUGACGUACUGGCAGUCAGGACCACCAGGUGGCCACGCCUUCGUGCGGAAUGCAUACCGCUGGGUUGAGGUCGAUGGAGGUAUCUACGGCGAAGGCGCGAGUGUCAGCAGCUCUGGUCCCAAUGCACCUCGAGACGGCGUCACGGCCGCCCACGUCGACUACGUGCUCGACUAUCUCGACAUGAAGGAACGGCAGGGCGACUUCAACGCCAUCCUCGCCCUAGGGAAACACUACUACGAGGCGCCGAGAGGAUAUAAGCGCAACUUCCGCAAGGCACAACGACAAUUCAUGAAGGUAGCACACGCGUACUGGGGUAAGGACGGGAAAGUCAAUCCCAAGGCCCCGAAAGGGAUCGAAAGAGUUGCCGGCAAGGCAGCAGCAUACCUCGGUCGGAUGUUCCUUCGCGGCGAGGGUGUGGAGCAAAACGCCUUAAGAGCCGUGACGUGGUUUAAGCGCGGGAUUGCCAACGGCGACUCCUUCGCCCAGUACCAUAUGGGCCUCAUGUACCGGGACGGACUGGGUGUGCCCCAGGAUGGGGUCCGCGCAGGCACAUACCUCAAGGCUGCGGCCGAGCAGAGUCUGCCGAUCGCCCAGUCCGCGCUGGGUGUCUUGUUUCUGGACCAAGGCGAUAUCGAAACGGCGGGACGAUACUUCGAAUUGGCAGCGGGCGCCGGCGUCAUGGAAGCAUUCUACUAUUUGGCCGAACUGACCAACCAAGGCGUUGGACGUGAUCGCAAUUGCGGCCUCGCGAGCGUCUACUACAAAGUCGUCGCGGAACGAGCGGAGAUCUUGCACUCCUCAUUUCAUGAAUCCAACUCAGCUUACGAACGAGGGGAUAUCGAACGAGCUUACGUCGCAGCCAUCAAGGCCGCUGAGCUUGGCUACGAAAACGCCCAAGCAAACGUCGCGUACCUACUCGACCGAAAGACAUCGGUCAUAUCGCUCCCGGGCGUGCCUGUGCUGUCGUCGACCAAUCCCGGCGCCACGCGAAGCCAAUUGCUGGACGACCCGUACCUGGCUCUCGCAUAUUUCACCCGGUCGGCCAAACAGGCGAACGUCGACUCGCUGGUCAAAAUGGGCGACCAUUACUUGUCGCUCUCCUUGCCUAGGAGGAACAGCCUAACGUUCUUCCACGAGAACGAUGGAGGCAGCUACAUUGCAGACGAAGCGAAGUCUAACCUCGAGAAAGCAACGACAUGCUAUACUACAGCUGCUGAGUCUCAUCACAGCGCCCAAGCACUCUGGAACCUUGGGUGGAUGCACGAGAACGGCGUGGGCAGCGUGGCGCAGGACUUCCACAUGGCGAAACGGUAUUAUGAUCUGGCGCUGGAAAUGAACAAGGAGGCGUAUCUACCUGUCACUUUGGCGCUGGCGAAAUUGAGGUUGCGGUCGUGGUGGAAUGGCAUUAGUGGCGGCAAAAUCAACUCGAUUCGCGAUGAGGAGGACGAGGAUCGGAAAAGACCGAAGACUUGGGGAGAGUGGAUUAAUCGCUUUCUCGAUGCCGCGGAGGAGAUGGAUGCGCAGGAAGCUGCUGCUAUGGCUAGGGAUCGUGAUGAUGAUGAGUUGCUUGGAUACGCGGAGCCGGGAAUGCCCGGUGGUGAUGGCGAGUAUGCCGGACGCGAGGGACAGCAUAACGGUCAUGGUCAAGAGGAUGUGUAUGGUGCGGAUGAGUGGGAUGAUUUCGAUGAUGGGUUGAUUGAGAGUCUGAUUAUCAUUGCGCUGGCGGGUGCGUUGGCUUUGCUGGUGUAUGCUAGGCAGGCGAGGAAUAGGGUGCUUGAGCAGGAGAGACGGCAGGGACAGGCCCAGCAACCGCAAAACGUUGGCCAGGACCAGAAUCAAGCACCAGCACAGCCGCAGGGACAGGCUCAGGCAGGGGGAGGCGGACAAGACAAUGGCAUGUUUCCUGGGCCUCAGGAUCCUGAGUUCAAUAAUUGGGUUGCUGGCGGGAUUGGGCAUUAGGUAGUUAUAGCGCCCGAUGAUGAGAAGCUGAAUCCUGAAUGGAUAUACCACUAUCGCCACUGUCAA